UGUAAAUCGGGGGCGGCUGAACACCGGAGCGAGUAGCUCGAGUGUUUCAAACUCUUGAAAGGAAUACAACUGUUCUCUACUGACUACGACUCUUUUUUCUGCUUCCUUUGUGCUAGGCAACUAAAAACAGUUUCAAUUGAACUGGUGACGUCACAAACGUGUAAUACUGCGUUGCAUUUAGUUCAAGCAGCCAGGUUCAAGUUAGUGCAAGAUAGAGAACCCUCGUGUUUCUGCUGCCAGUAUCCCUUUGAAAUUUUUGAAAAAGAAGAGGUGGUAAAAAAUUAGACUGUCUAACCUCAAAUUGUGUGAUUUUGAUUUAAAUGUUGCCCGUUCGGCGUUCCUUCAGUAACUUGUUCGUGUGUGGUUUGCCGGUUUGAAAUUAAAUUUUGGGGUAAAAAUGGGUAUUGAUCAGCAAUUAUCCGCUGUCGAAACUGAACUAUACGAUCGCCAAAUCAGAUUAUGGGGCAUUGAGUCACAAGAAAGGUUACGAGCCUCGAACGUGCUCCUCAUCGGGGUAAGAGGUCUGGGCUCGGAAAUUGCCAAAAACAUUCUUUUAUCUGGCAUCAACUCCUUGGUUAUUCUAGACGAUGGCAUUGUAUCUGAAGAGGAACAACAGAAGAACUUUUUUUUAACCCAAAACAGUAUAGGGAAAAUGAUUGCUGAAGAAUUUAUCAUAAAAGCGCAACUCCUCAACCCUUUGGUCAAACUUACUGCUGACACAUCAGACCCAACAAAAAAAGACGCUAAAUUCUUCGAAGGCUUCACUAUGGUUGUAGCCACACGCAUCAAGACUGAUUUUCUCAUGAAAAUUGACCAAAUCUGUAGGGCCAGCAAAAUCAAACUGCUUUUUGGAGAUGUUUUUGGAUCAUUUGGCUACUCUAUCAGUGAUUUUCAAGAGCAUGAGUAUUAUGUGGAUCAAAUUAAGUUCUCUACAGUAAAACGAUCUCUGCUUGAUAUAGGCACAAGGCCUGAAAAAUCUGAAAAAGAAAUUGUUAAAGUCAAACAUCAACUCGUUUUUCCCGAGUUAAAAGAAGUACUUAUCAUGCCUAAUACUGAGCAAAGUGUUGAUCAUAUUAAAAAAAUCAGAAAAAUAAAUCCCUAUUUUUAUUUCAUGCUGAUUCUAUUGGAAUUCCGCAACAGGCAAGGCCGUAACCCUGAAAUAUCUUACAAAAUCAAAGAUGUUCAGUUAUUGAAAGACAUCAAAAAGGAGGUUCUACGUGACUAUGGUGCAGAUCGCUUUGAAAGUGAAUUGGAUGAUGAUUUAUUUGAGCUGGUUUUUGGUGAAGUUGUUCCAGUUUGUGCUAUAGUAGGUGGGGUACUGGCGCAGGAAGUUAUCAAGGGUGUAUCUAAAAAAGAAGUCCCUAUUUAUAAUGUGUUUUUGUUUGAUCCAUUAACUUAUUCUGGUAAAGAACAACUUAUAAAGACCAGUAAGCAGUAUUAGAUUAUUUAAGUAUUUAACUAAAUUUAAGUAUAAUAUGUCUAGGGUAGUUCUGAGAGUAAUGGACACUGAUUCAGUAGAGGACCUGUCUGCCUUGAGAACUCCUGAAUCUUUAAACUGUACCUUCAAUUUAUUCGAUUUUCUGAUAACUAUGCUUGGUUGGCUAUGCUGCUGUUCCCCUUAGUUCGGCUAAAUCAUUCCUUUUUGAAGUCCUUGUGCAAAUAUUAGAUUGUGUCACUAUAAUUAUUGUCAAUAUGAUAUUGUUUUCGUGUAGCACAGUCUAAGGUAAGUAUACAAUUCAUCUAGCCAUGAAUUAUGCAACUACCUCAGUCAACAAUCAGAAAAAAUGAAAACUUUCACAACUUUUACAUUAGCGCAGAAAAACUUUUUGUGCAUCUUUGCAAGUAGAUAUCGUAAGUGAAAAAUCAAGGCGAUUUGAUUGAACUUGCUCCAUUUGUUGAUUACAAAGGUUGUAUUAAAGUAAAUGACAGUAAUUGGAACGUUUCCUGCAGAUCUCAAAGUUCUAACCCCCAAGUUAGUAAUUCCCAAGGUAUUUCCAUACAAAAAAAUGCCAGAAGCUAAAGUGAAAUCUGUUCUUACAAAGCAUUCCAAAUGAAAUUGUCCAAAGUGGCUGGAAGUCCCAACUAUUAUUCAACAAGCAAAACAAGCUUCGUCAUAUCCAUCAAUUACACCCAUCAGGUCUGGAAGAUAUAUUGCCGAAAAAAUAUGAUUGCUCUUUAGGGGAUGCCCAAGAGUUUGCUGCUUUCCUUUUACCAAUGUUGCAGUUUGAUGUGGACAAAAAAGCUACCGCAUCAGAAUUAGGGUUGGGUAAAUUUCACUUUUCACUUCAUCUGGAAAUUUCACUCUGAAAUUUUCAUGGAAAUAUUGAAAUUUUUAAAAUUUCCGUGAAAUGUUCAAAAUUUCUGAAUUUUUCUGAAAAUUUCCAAAAUAUCAUGAAAUUUUCUAACUGAAAUGAUUCACUAUGAAAUUUUCAAUGAAAUUUCAUAAAAUUCCAUGAAAUUUUCUAUAAAAUUCCAUGAAAUUUUCUAUAAAAUUCAAUGGGCUCUCACUAAUUUUUGAAAUUGGCAUAUUUGGAUAAAGCAACUAAAAACAGAAUUUUCUGUAUUUUUACUUUUGAAAAAUUCAUAGUCCUUCUUGAGAAAACAGAAAAAAAAGAAAUGCCUCCAAAUAAAAACCCAGAAUUUAUUUCUAUGACGUUGCAGCUCGCAAUUUGACCGUGUUGCCACUAAUUGACAACAUUGAAAAUUUGUAAUAGAUUUAAUUCUGAAAUGUUCGCAAAAUAUGAAAAGUAGGUAAAUUAAUUAGUUAGUAUUCGAGAUUUUAUAACUUUUUUAUUGAAAUUAUGCUUAAACACAAUUUAAUAGAAUUUUUUAUGUUUAGUUUUAUUUAUUUUUUUUUACAUUGCACUACAUUUAGUCACCACCGACAACAGCGCAUUCGAGCCUUUACCUGCUUUUACACAGCCGAAGCGGUCAGCUCCUUGCAACAACAAGCGAAAUGAAAAAUAUUUAUGUGACGUCAGCAAAUCGGCGCGUUUUAAAUCAAUUUGAAUUUCGCCAAUUUCAAAUGCCUGUAAAAAACUUAUUUAACCUUGUAGAACAUUUUUUUUUUGGUAUACAGAAUGUUUGAAGCACCCAUGGCUGAACUUCAAUAAGCCCCUGUAAAUAAUUGUUUAAAGAGAUAAUUCAUUCUGCCUUUCAAAAUUGUUGUUGAUGAAAAAGCGAAAAUCCAUGGUUUGAUAUUUCAUGCCAUCAAUAUUGAAAAAAGGACUCUUAUAUUAAAUGUACUAUUUUAUAAAUUUACUAUUUUAUAAAUGCAUUAUAGCUCUUUUCCCACACAAUCACACAAAAUACCGAUAUUGCAGUUUUCAAACCACCAAAAUGUGGAUAGGAAUCUCUCAGAGAUUGGAAAUUAGAAAAUUUCAGAAAGGAUGUACCUGGGUCUUGAAAUUGGACUAACCUGUGCCAGAAAUGGUUAUUUUUGGAUGUAAUUUAUUUAUUUCAUUUACUACAGUUGCAAGCAAUGGUCGUAUGCAAAGAUUUUUCAAGGAGAAUAUUUCUCGUAUCGUUGACGGUACGGUGACGUGUCGGUGCCGGCACGUAUAGUAUGAAUCGCGCUUUAGGCGUGCCAUAAUCUUAAAGCUAAUAAUGACGUGAAGUCUGAAGUUGAUAAAUUCCUUCUUUAAUUAAGGAAAAAACUGGGAAUAAACCUUAUUGUGCAUUAUAAUUGAACUUGCUUUGGGAGAAGUUUUCUUUAUAACUUGUAAACCGACUUUAGCAUAUAAUGCGCAUAGAUGGUAAUUCUAUAGUUUCUUUACAUCUGCAUAAUCACCUCAAUGUAGGUAGGGUUUUAACAUGCUAGGAAACUGUAGAGAAGUUUUUAGAUAAAUUUACAUUUAGGUAGGUAUUAUUUUGUACAACUUUGGGGACGUUGAUUUCAUAUCACUAAAAGUCCACUUGAAUAAUCCAUUCACUGUUAAAUUAGUGUUUGACUGUUACUGGAAACCAUUCAACCCCCAAAAUAAGUAUUUCAGUAGUGGAAUCCACCAUCUCCUAAAAAGCUGGAGCCUCAAGUACAAACAUCCAGCUGACUUUCAGAACUACUGUGCUCAAAGUUUUUGACCUUUAUUCUACUUUUCUAAUAAAACUCUUGUUUAUUAGUUAAUUUCAACCUGGCAGAGGUUACACAACAAUAAAUAUCAUAUCAGGUAAAAAUAGAUCUUAUGACGGUAUUUUAAGUUCACGGGUAAGAAAUUACGAGACUUAUUAUUGUACCGAAUCGCCGGCGUAUCUUGAUUUAAACGCUUUUGUACUAGAUAAUUGAAAAUAUAUUUUUCAGUGGGAACUAUUUUUAGAAUACACGCAGCUUCUUUUGUUUUAUAGCUAAUAUUGGACAGUGAUCAAAGGUUUUCCAUACAAUAAUUAUCAUUUUAAAUUUUGUAUGCUUUGCACUAAUUCGUUCCGCCUAUCCGUUCAUGUUGCCAAAAGUCAUUAUUAUUUUACUAAUUUAAAUUUUAUUGUUUUCUUGUUAUUUCCUAUUAAUCAUUCCAGUUUGCUUUAGUACCGUUAAGCUUUCGAGAUUUUCUGUUUUCGAAAUAUUGGAUGGAAUUAGCCGAACACAAAAUAGAAAAGGUUUAUGAAUUCUGUUUAUCAAAACUCGCAGAGCUUUGUGGAAAUGUUAAGUAGCUUUUGAGAUGUAAAUCCAUAUUACGCAUUUGGAAGAAUUCUGAAAUUAUAGUUAGCAGUUAGCAGAUUUGAGGGAAAAAACUGGGAUUAACCCUACAAUACCGUGAUCUAAAUGCAGUAACCGUAAAAUAUACAAGGUGUUACUAAAUAUCAUGUCAUUGAAGGAGGUAAGUCUUUGGGAUAUUCUAUGGAAAUUCAUGUGAAGAUGUGCCCUAUAUUGCAUAAUAUUUGGAGAUACAGGGCGGUAAAGUUUCAAAAGAAAAUCAGUUUUUCAACUUUAUCAUAAAUACUCUGCUUCUUGCAUCCCACUGGGUGUCAUGUUAUAUUCGAGUCUGUUAUUUAACUAAAACACAUAGUAAUAAUUUACUAAAGACACUCGUUUAUUGGUUUUUCUGGUACCUUACAUUAUGCAAUUUCUCCCCAUAACAUGAUCCUAAUUUUCCUCGUAUCUGUCACCCAUGUCAUUAGCUAAAGGUCGAUUUACAUAAGUAAACACAAGACAUAUUUUCUAGCUAGCGAGAGUACCUAGUAUAAGAAAAAAAAUAAUUUUUAAUCUAAGUACAAACAUAGUCACUCAAAAAACUUAAAGAGUCUUCAACAUGCGACCAAAUCUUGAAACCGGAUUUGUCAUAGCCUUUGCAUUGUCCGGAAUAUUAUUGUGAUGAGACAAGUUGGUACAGUCAAUUAGGCUUUCAGUUUCUAAAUUAUCAGUUUUCUCGAUUGUAUCAUUACAAUUCUUUUUAACAACAAAAUCAUAUUUAUUAUUAUGAUCAUUUUGAAAUUUGAUGUUUGUUGAUGCUUUAUACAAAUUAAAUCUGUUUCAAGAUUACCUGUAGAAAGCUGGACAAAAUAGGACCUUUUUUGGUGCUAUUGUAUAUAUACUUUCAUGAUUUUCCAUCUUUUUUUUAGAAGCGCGCUUUUAUAUUUUGAUCAGUGAUUUGUCUAGUAGUGCAAUCGUGAGUUAUUUUUAUGCGCAUUUCAUUGAUUUUGUGUAUAGAAAGACAACUGUUUUAAAUAUACAACAUCCUCAGAUUUAAAAUACCUACUACAUAUUCAGAGCCAGACUUCUUAUUUUUCCAUAUAACUACCCCAUUUAAUUUUUUUUACAUAUUUUAUAUCCCAAAAAUUAUAUUUUUCCAAAGUGUUCAUUACUGCCUCCAAAUAGUGUCCAUUACUUAGUCAGCAUUUGUCAUUAAAAAAAUGAUAUUUUAUUUGUAAAACCUAAUAAAAGUUACUGAUGACUCUGUUAUAUGUUAUGUGAUGUUUAGUUAGUACACUUAUAACUGCACCACCCUACAUUAUCAAAGAUGCUGAUCUCUACAAUCGUUUUUUCAUAGGAGGAUUCAGUGUCCAUGACUACCUCGACCUGAACUACCCUAUCGCUUGUAUUUGUAAGCUUUGAUACUUUUUCUUCAUAAAAUUAAAAUGUGAAACUUGUAUAGUAGUAAUUUUUUAUUCCCUAUCCUAGCGCCAUUAUUUUUUUAGGGAAAUUUAUAUUUGAACAAUAUAUUUUUUGGCAAUGUAAUUACGUAAAACAAAAUACCAAUUAUUCAGUUUACAAGGAAACCGAGUUGCGUAAUGUAUGGUGGAAUAUAUUUG